UAUGUAUAUAUAUAUGUGUAUGUAUAUAUAUGUAUAGCAAUCCUAAGGCACGAAGGAUACAUCAGAUGUGUCCUCCAAAUCUGGGACCAGAAGGCUGCAUUCGUCGGCUGCAUUUGAAGGAGUCUUCAACAAAAAUGUGAAAUGGGACAGCCUAGUCGCAGCGCUGUGACGCAACCGAUCUACGAAUGCAGCCUCCGAAGGAUGCAGCCCCUGAAUUGAGACACAGGUUAUAAAGCAGUGGGCUGGUCUCUCUACCUGUACUGUGUGUGUGUCCAGGUGUGCAGCAGCUGGUGGAGGAGAAGAGAGAGAGACUGUUGCUCAUCCACUCCUCAGUGAGCCGGGCCAGAGCCAACAUGGCCGUCGUGACACGCAUCACACAGGAGUGGGCGGAGCUUCACCUGCUGCAGCGCUCAGGUGACUCACUGCUGGAGGUCAGUGACACAGAGCAGACCUACAGACGCAUCAGAGCGGAGGGAGAGGAGGUGCUCAGGUUAACUCAGGUGAACAGGAGUCUGUACGGAGCUGAAGUCUCCUCUGAGUCCUGGAUCAAGUACCUGGACCACAUCGAUGACCAAGUCCAGGAUGGACUGUUCCAGCUGGUGCUCAGAUCACUGACCUUCUUAUUGGACAACAUGAACCCACAGAGCUGCAGUGUGUUUCUGACGGUCAGUCUGCAGCUGCAGGAAACAGGAAUUGUGUUUGAGCCGUCAGUGGGCGUCGGCCUCUCUGACCUCCUGCAGAGCAUCUACUCAGCAGCCAGUCUGCCUCUCAGGGUCUCUGAGAGACGCCACAGCAACUACCAGGUGUCCCUGCAGCAGAGUCCGGAUCUCUCUGCCUUGGAACAGGAAGUAAUGCAUCGCCUUCUGCAGGUGAAGGAGGAGGCAGAGCGUCUGUCGGCGGGGCUGGACAGGUAUGCGUACCUGUGGCAGAGCGACAGGAGGGAGGUGAUGCAGGAGUUCCUGAUUUACAGCAGACAGCUGGGAGACGAGGAGGUGGAGGUGGAGGAAGCCCCGCCCACCCUGAAGGACUUCCAGAGAGAGAUCGAGUCUCUCCACAGACUGAGCAGAGAGGUGACUCACCUGGAUGACAUCAUCGUUCUGCACAGCUGGCUGCAGGUGGACCUCAGAACCUUCAAAGACUCCCUGCUGUCAAUCGUACAGGAGUGGAAACACCUGUACAUGGAGUACCUGCUGGACUCAGUCAGGGACAGUCUGCAGCAGGUGACUCACCAUCGUGGCGAUGAUGAAGAGUCUUCAUCCAGCUUCCCUCUGACAGAAACCAUCUUCCUGCUAGAAGCUGCAGGAGUGGAGCUACCUGAACACCUGUCAGCUCAGCUAGAGUUGAUCACCUGAAGAGGAAACGGCUGACUCAGAAGACUCCUGGAACAUUAAAUGUAUUAUUUCACUGGUUCCUGUGAUGAUUAAAAGUUUAUUUGAUUCUGA